AUGUCAAUUGAGGUUGACUGGGCAGCUGCCACGUCCGGCCCGGAUGGGGAAGCCCUGGCAGAGCGAAUUCGGUCAUUCGUACACGACAAGUUCCAGGAGAUCACCCUCCCGCGCUUCAUCCGCUCAGUGCAGGUCCACUCCUUCGACUUCGGGACCAUCGGCCCAGAGCUCGACAUAAAAGACUUCUGCGAACCCUUCGCAGAUUUCUACGAAGAAGAUGACGACGAUACAGACACCUCAGUCACAUCUGAGGAGUUCAUUCCCGACCUCCGCGAAUCCCAAUACGAAGACGACAUGACCCUCAAUCCUGCCGCGCAUAGCCCUCACAACUUCAGUCACCACCCAUACCCCGGCGAAGGCUUCCAGCCAUCCGCACUUCGCUCUCCGCUCGGCGACCACCUCAACUCACACUUCCUACCGCGUGCCGGCACGCCUGGGAUCCCCGGCGGCACCUCAACACUGGGCUACCACAUGCGGUCACUGGGCGGUCUCUCCGGAACCCAGACACCCCUCGUCGCCGUAGCAGGAGGCACACCGUUCGCAAGCGGCUGGUCAGAUUCCGGAAUGGGCAUCGGACAAAGACCGCCCGCGGUUCGCCCUUCUGCCGCACAUCAUCUCGGAGAACCAGACCUCGAUACCAUCAACUCCGCCUCUAGGCCGUCAACCGCCAACACGCACCCCUCCCACCCUUCCAUGGGUCAUUCGGGCAGUGGGGGCUCGAACCGGAAUACCAGUGAUCCUGCCGAUGCGCCGCAGCCCUCGAUUGAACCGUCAGAUGACCCUGUCGCGGAUCAAUCAUUCCCCACCCCGCCGCGGAUGCGCGAGCGUCGCCCGGAGGAUUUCCAGAUACUAUGUCAUGCUAGAUAUGCGGGUGAUGUGCGCAUCUCGUUGACUGCGGAGAUCUUACUUGACUACCCGAUGCCCAGCUUCGUGGGGCUGCCGUUGAAGCUGAAUGUCACGGGCAUCACGUUUGAUGGGGUCGCUGUGGUUGCGUAUAUACGCAAGCGCGUGCAUUUUUGUUUCUUGUCGCCGGAGGAUGCGGAUGCCCUGCUUGGCUCUGAGCAAUCUCAGGGUAGUCAGAACCCCAGCGAUGAUGGGCGGCCUCGGUCUGGGAGCGAUCAGAAAGACAAGGAUCUCAAGCGGCAGGGUGGGUUGUUGCAGGAGAUCCGGGUGGAUAGCGAGAUUGGUCGCAAAGAAGACGGGAAGCAGGUAUUGAAGAAUGUUGGGAAGGUGGAGCGAUUCGUGCUCGCGCAAGUUCGCCGGAUCUUCGAGGAGGAGCUGGUGUAUCCUAGCUUUUGGACGUUCCUGGUCUGA